UGAAAUUUCCGCGAAAAUGGAGCAAUCACACAUCGAAAAUAGAAAGAAGUUUUUUCAAAUCCCUGAAAAGGAUAUACAAAAAGAGAGGAGUAAGUUCCAGGUCUCCCUUCGUAAGAAGAAAAAGCAAGAUCUCUUCAGGCAAAGAAGGGCUAUGAUCAUAGACGAAAAUAUACAAGAGGCUACAUUGGAGAAGACUAGCACUAAAAUUCUCUUCGAGAGACUUAUCACUCAGAUGUCGUAUCAGAAUUGGCAGCCAGUGAUAGAAGAGACGCUUAAGUUACUUACCAUGAAGUUUAUAGAUACCUCAAAGAGAGGAGAUUGGUUGGAAAUUAUUGCUCUUCCUCAAUUCUCAAAGUCUCUUUCUGACAUCCUCAAGGAAGGUCCAGGAGUUUUCCAGGAGCUACCUGAUCAAGGAUGCUUAAAUAACACUGAGAAAGUUCUUGAAAUCUACUACAGUGUCUCUUUCCUUGAACAAGAGGAAAUUGAUACAUUCUUUAAAAAUAGUUUUGAGGAGAAAUUCACUGAAAAUAUUUCUUAUUUGUUAAUUGGAUCUAUUAAGAAGUUAACCGCUCUUCAAGAAAAUAUUUCAAGUAAGGAGAAACAACAUGAGUUGAAAUAUUUUACGAAUAUCAUUACUGUCAGUCUGAGCAUACUUGGCAACCUCUCUUGGAUGUAUAAAGCAGAAAUUGACAGUGAUCUGUAUGAUACCUCUAUGUUUAAAUCUAUGACUGAGCUUGCACAAGUUAUUGAAAAGCAGAAAGAGGAGCUAGUAUCAAAUACUCAAAUCACUAGCAUUAUUAGUAUGUACAACUGGUAUCUCCAAAUUUUAGCGUAUAAAGAUGAUGAUUUUCCACUGAUCCUCACUCACCAUGUAUUUGAAUAUUUCACAAAUAUGCUAGCUUGGAUUAUGCCGAUAAAAGAUCACCCAAAGAUGAUAGAGAAAGAUUCAGAGUUUGUAGAUUCCAUAAAGUUCUUCUUCAGUGCUCUCUCAAGUAUCAUAAAUUACAAAGAAUGUAACCAGCUAGAAUUUAUUGGGACACAAGAUCUGAUAAAACCAACAAUGCAGUUGACCUCCGGGUUAUUAUUUGAUGAUCCGAAAGAGCACUCAGAAUGCUUCAGAUAUGCCAGUUCGAUACUUAACUCCAUUAGUUCAUUUGAGAAGCCUGAGAUAUUUAAGGAAUGUGAAGUCUAUAUUGCCACAUUCAACUUGAUAACUCUUGAAAAUCACAAAUGAAUAUCAGAAAUUUUUGCUGCUAUCGCUAAUUUUUCUAAGCUAAAUGAUGCGAUAAUGAAGACUAUCAGCCAGAAAGAUGGGUUCCUUUUCAUACUGCAAAAAGCAGUUGACCUAUCCUAUUUCAGUGUGAAAUAUGAAGCUGCUUUAUUAGUCGAGGAUAUUCUGGAUAUCAACGAUGAUAAUGAGGAGUUCCUUGAUCUAAUCUUCACUGAUAAAGACACUAUAGCUUUGCUGCAAGAAUUCUGCAUUACAACGUUACUGUUUGAUAUGAAAUUUCCUGAAUUAAUCACAAUCUCUAUAACACUCUUCGAUACGCUCUUCAAGCUAGAGGACAGAAACAAGCACAGACCAGAGAUUUCUGAGACAGAGGGUUUCUACCUCGCCAAAGCUAUUGAAGAAAACUUGGGUGAAAAAUUAGAGGAUUUCAUGUCUAUUAACUCAGAUCUUUGUGUUGAAAUCCAGGAGUUCAUCGUCAAGCAUCAGUUGAUCACCACUGAGGAUUGGACUGAGAUAGCCCAGAAGACGAAUGAGGCUAUCUUUAACUCAAAAUUUACCUUCUAAGACACUUAAAAUGUUCUGAAUG